AAGACGAACGAUAGAUGUAGCAAAGUACUUAACGUUAACAGUCACAGAUCAACGUCGACGAAAGACACAAGCUUUCGAAACCUUUGGUUUCUUGGUUACGUUGUAAAUUUUAGCUUAAAUACAAGCACUGUUAUAUCUAUGGUACUCGAGUGAAACAUUACUAUAAGAGCUACCUUUUAGUUGAAGUUGGGAACUUUUUAGUGAACUUUGGUAUCAAAAGAAAACGCCACGAACAUGAAACAUCAGAAGGCAUUGUUCUGCGUGCUACUGGCUCUGUUCAUACACGCGAACGAUGCCUCCAGAAUUUUGGGCAUCUUCCCAUACAAUGGUAAGAGCCAUUUCAAGAUGUUCGAUGUCCUGUGCAGGGAAUUAGCAAAAAGGGGGCAUCAAGUCGACGUAAUUGGCCAUUUUCCAUUGAAAACUCCAUUGGCUAAUUACACGGACGUCGUUGACUUAAAUGGAACCCUGAAAACCGUGGUGAACGGUUUAACCACCGAUUAUGGAAAACAAAUACAGCGAUCAAUUACUUAUUACGUAGCUACAGUAUUUGGUAAUGAUCUGUGCGAUCUAAUGAAACAGGAAAAAAUGCAGAAAUUCAUCAAAAAUCCACCCAAUGAUCCACCUUAUGAUCUGAUUAUCGUAGAGUAUUUUGGCUCGCCGUGCUACAUAGGAUUCGGCCAACUUCUGAAAGCGCCAGUGGCCAUCAUCAUAUCGUCAAUGCAAAUGUCAUUCGUCGACGAUAUUAUGGGAAAUCCUACGAGCUACGCCUUCCUCUCCGGUUUCUACAACGAUAAUGCCGUGGUGGACACGUUCUUCGAUCGCUUGUGGAAUUUCUUGAUCAACUACAAGAAUGCGUUGAUAUUUGAACACUACACAGCUGAACAAACCGACAUGAUGAAGAAAUACCUGGGUUUACCUAAUAUACCCGACGUCAGAGAAUUGGAGAAAACUGUCUCGUUGGCUAUAGUGAACUCGCACUAUAGUUAUUACGGGAUCAGACCAGUUACACCGGCGGUUAUCGAAGUUGGUGGAUUACACGUCGAAGCGGACAAGUCGAAAUUAAGCCCGAAACUCAAGGAAUGGCUAGACAUGGCAAGCCACGGUGUGGUAUAUUUCUCAUUGGGCUCGCUAAUGAACAUCGAAACGUUGCCGACGGAGACGAUAUUGCAAAUUUACUCGUCGUUAGCGAAAAUUUCACCGGUAAAGGUUUUGUUGAAGAGCGCCAACGCAACGAAGUUACCACCAGGUUUACCCAAUAACGUGCUGACGUUGCCUUGGAUUCCUCAGGUUGCGGUGUUGAAACAUCCGAAUACGCGAGUAUUCAUAACUCAUGGCGGCCUUAUGGGAACCCAGGAAGCUACCUAUUAUGGAGUUCCUAUGAUAGGAAUACCGGUAUUCGGUGACCAGAUUAAAAACAUCAACAUUUUGGUUGAAAAGAAUGUGGCAGUUCUAGUAGACAUCGAUGACAUUACCGAACAUACCAUGGACGUUGCGUUGAACACAGUUUUGCGCGAUCCCCGAUACAGAGAAUCUGCAAAGACAAUGUCGAAGAUGUUCAGAGAUCGUCCGAUGCCCCCGUUAGACACAGCUGUAUAUUGGAUCGAAUAUGUGCUGAGAAAUGGGCCAGAUAGCUUAAGAUCAGCCGCUGUGAAAUUACCUUGGUGGAAGUUGCAUCUACUCGAUGUUUUCGUCUUCUUAUUUGCGUGUUUCACAUUCGCAAUUUAUUUAUUAAUAGUUUUAUUAAAUAUCGUAUUAGCAAGCUUCCAUAAAAAGGCCGCUCGAACAGAGAAGAAGUUGAACUGAGAAACGGGACGAAGAAUAUCGGCAAAAGCCUUAACAGGGUAGGAGAUUACGCGUUUUUUUGCGAGGUGUACUUUCAAGGAAGCGUGUCGUUAGAUAAUUUUCUUAACAAAUUCCCUUUGAGAGAUGCAACGAGCUUUUGCCUUUUCGAUGCAAUCGGCUGAUAUUUUUUAUUUAGCAGAGGAAACGAUUAAACUGAGAAGCACUAAAAACGAAAUAGCGAAACGACGAGAAGCUUCUCUUGAAAAGGACGCGCGGCUAAAUUAGUCGGUACGAAAUUUUCGCGAAAAGACCGCGAAUUCACGUAAAUCGUACUCUGGUGUUACAUCUAAUUGCAAUGGAAUAUUCUGGACUUAAAUCGAAAUCAAAUAAUUUAUAUUUUAUUUAUAAACGUCCUUUAGAAAUAUACUUGAACAUCGUUGAUAUAAAUUCCUAGACAAUUUUAUUCAACUUCGUUCUCUUACACUGUGCCAAUAUCUCGCGUGGUAUCUAUUAGGUUGUCCAAAAAGUUCCUUUCGUUUUGUAAGGAAGUAGUAGAUGCACAACAUUUUCUGUUUUAUUGAAUUAUGUUUGAUCCAUUUUAUUCUAUUACUACAAAAUGGAUCAUACAUAAAUCCAUAAAAUAAUAUAAAAUAAAAAAUGUUAUGAUUGAUAGAAGAAUGCAAGCCAACAGAGAUCAAAGUAAAGCAUUAAGAGCAGUAAGGUAUGAAGGGAAAGCCAUAGAAUCAAAAAAGGCACUGGUAAAGGAGUGCAUAAAGGAAAGAGAGAGAAACUGGGGAAAUGGCCAAGAAGGGAAAAGAGCAAGAAAGAGAAAGAGGGGACUAGAAGAAGUGAGAAACGGAGAGACACAGAUGGAAGUAAGAGAAGAGCAAGAAAGAAUGACAGCGGACUAAAUUAUAGAAGAAAGAAGAAAGAGAGAAGCAGAAGAGAGGGGAAAAGGAUAAGGGAUUCCAAAUAUGACAUACAUUACAGAAAAAUCGCCAAAGAAGAGUUACCAAAAUACUUAGAAGGGAGGAUGAAGUGGAAGGACAGAAAAAUAUUAGCAAGAUUCAGAUGUGGAAACGAGACCAAAGCAAGGGAAUACUGGAAAGAAGAGGGAGAAAAAAGAUGCAGACUAUGUAAAAGGAAAGAAGAAUACCUGAGACAUGUAAUAGAAGAAUGCGAAAUAAUAGGAGGACCAAAGGACAUAGAAAGAACAUUGCAUGAGACUGGAGAAGGACUAACAGAACUAAACGCAACAAUAGAGAAGAGAAGGACAAUACAAGACGGGGAGGAACGACAAUAAGGAUGCACAGCAAGGAGGCUAAAGCCCAAAAGUUGCCAUAGUUUUUAGUUAUUAGUUUUUAGUUUUUAGAGAUAGAAUAAUUAAGAGAGUACAAUAUAAUAGAGUGGAUAUAUAAGAAGCGAAAUAGGUAAAAGAGAUGUAAAACCGAAAGCUCGUCCAAAAUCGAAAGGCACGGACUAAGCAAUAAUAAAUAAUAACAAAUGACGUGCAUCUAUUAUUUCACUUAUGAAACGAAAGGAACUUUUCGGACAACCUAAUAUAUAAAUACCUUUGAUGCAAAUCUCAUCUCGAGGUGACGAUAAAUGUAAAUCGAUACACUGUAAAACCAAGAAUACAACAUUUCUGACAAUUAAAGAUACAUCGGAAAGGGAUCUACGACAAUAAAGGACACGUUACGCGUGCAAUUGAGAACAGCAACGAAGAGCCGAGCUAGAGGAACUUAACGAUGAAGCCACUUAUAACUCGAUUAAACGAGCCGUUGGAAGUUUGAUCAAGUAUAAUUAAACAUGGACAGGGCCACGUUUAAUCGUAUUAAAAUUACGUAAACAUUUGACAAGUUCUCAAGCAGUUUACCGAGUUCCCAUGCCAGACACUAAACCUUAUUCAUCCGGUAUCAUUGUACGCUUUAGCCUGCGUAAAAUGGAACUGCAACUUCCGACAUUUUCCUAACCGACCAGCUAAAACCGGCGGCGACAGGGGGGUAGUUUCUUUGAAAGUUACACGACAUUAAGAAAAUUGCUUUCAUCCGAAAACAAUCUCACUUUUGUAAAUAGUCGAAAAAGAAACAAAAAUACCAUGAAAUUUUGGUAGUUCUGUAGAGUUACGAUAUUUUUCAUCAUUCGGCUCAACGAGCCAUUAAUAAUGACCGUUCACGGAGCACGCGACGUGGAAAAUUAACACAGCAAACUUGGCGAUAAAUAAUUCGGACGCAACGUCGAAUGUUCCUUUGAGAAAUAUAUUCGAGACAGAAAGCAGGGAAAUGCCUAUUCAAAUGGCCAGCGUUUCUGUAAUUGACGAAUUUGUUUGCAAGAGACAGAGUUUUAUAGCACGAUUAAUGGGAAUACUUACGAUGGAUUGCUUCUUCGUUAUGAAUAAUGGAACCGAGAUAAUGGAAUUAUUUUUUUAAAUGUCCGAUGAUCACGGAGUUUGAGAAUUUGAAGGUUCAGAGGAUACGAGAGUCAAAAAUUUGCAGAUCUUAGUAUUGGAGAAUUUGCACAGGCGGACGUUUGCGAAAUCAAGUGGUCAGAAAUUUGAAAAUUUUGAUAUUGGAAAAUUGAAGAGUUUGGAGUAUUUAAAAACCUUGUUUUCGCUAUGAUUAUGUUUAUCAAUGAUAAAUAUAGAGACAGAAUAAACAUAAGGAAAUGAGAUGCCAGAUAAAUUUUCUAAAUAUACUCCUAUUACCUAAAUUUUCGUCGUUUGUAUACAAUUUAUCCUCUAUAGAAUUUUCCUCUUUGUACUUUCUUCGUUUCCACCAGCAAAGUAUGUCAUUGCAAGCAAACCACGCAAACUAUAUAAUUAUAGGUAAAAAUUAACAGAAACGUAAGAAUAAACUCUACACGUUGUUUUCUUCAA